AUUAGAAUAUUUACUGGAAAAACAUAGUGUUCAAGAAAUGAAUUUCUUGAAGGAGAAAAAAGAGAAAGCUCUUUCACAUCAAGAUCAUUACAAGAUACUUCAGGAAAAGCAUAAGCAGGAGUUAGAAGAAAUGAGAAAAGCUGGACAUGAAGCCUUGAGUAUUAUUGUUGAAGAGUUCAAGUCAUUGCUACAGUGUACAGUUCAACAGCAAGAAGCAGCUACUGAAAAACAGUAUAUACUAGCAAUUGAAAAACAUUCUUACAAAUGUCAAGAGCUUCUUAAUGCUCAGGAAUCAAGAAAAACCACAGGACCUCUGUAUUUAUAUUUGAAUCUACAUCAAACAAUUUUCAUUUGGAACCAUUGCCUAGAAAACUUCUUUCAGGGCGGAAAAUGUAACCUAUUUUUGAAUGCCUUUUGUUUUAAGUUGCUACUUUGCUUUAAGUUGCUGUCCUUACUGCUUUCUGGAGAAUGGGGUAGAAGUGAUAGUACAUGUAUCUCUCCAGUUUGGAAUAUCACUUUUCAGAAAGAUAUGUCUUUUCUUUUGUUGGAAAACACUGUUAUAUGUUUUAUGGGCCUUCUUGUCCCACUACAGUUUUACUCUUCAGAAUUUUCACACAUCAGUAUUUUGCACUCUGCAUUCAGUAACUCUCCAACCAAGGAAUAAGAAGGUGCAAACAAUAGCUUUGUAAGAAAGUAGGACAGAUAGGUGACUAAGCGGUAUGUGAAUUUAAAGAUUUUAGAGCUGGCUCAGUAUCUCUCCAUAAUAUGCCAAAUAGCUUACAUGCAUUAUAUGUAUGUGUAGCCUACCAAACUUAGACUGUUAGAAAUAGCAUGUUUCAAUAUACAACAAUCUUGUAUAUUCUACUAAUAGGGACUAAUUCACCCACUACAUUCCCAGUUUUUUUUCCUACCUUCAGAUAAUAUGUAGCUAUAUCUUCAUCAAUUUCUAUUUCUGCAGUUUAGUCAGAGAAUUAAUAUGGUAUUUUUCUUGAAUAAUGGAUAAUUAGAUUGAAAAUUCAGGCAUAUUUAGACUUCUUUUUUCCUAUUUUCUGAUCCUUGAAUUGUUGAUAAAGAAAAACCUUACCUCAGGUUCCAUUUAAAAGCUUUAUAGGCAGUCUUACAGUCUAGACAGGUUAGGUACUUUUUCCAAACAUAAGACUCCAUAAAUAGGUAUCCAUCAUAAUUUUCUUAGAAAAAUUGGAAUAGAAAUGGUUGCUUUUGUAUGGACACUAUUUCCAAUGAACUCAUUAGCCCACUGACAGGAGACUGAUCACUGUUACUUAAACAGUUUUAUUAGUUUUUUUUUGUUGGAGAAUGGACAGUUAACAAGUACAAUUACCAGGAGGUCUCAAACUGGACAUGCAGAUAAGACUUAAAGUGACCUUUUCAAUGCCUGGAAAUCCAAUGAUUGUAUAGAUAGUUCAUAUCAGUGGAAAAAAGGAAAUGUUGAAUGAGAGAAGUGGGUUAUGAGACAGGUUUGCUUACCUAUAGGCAUUUAUGUCUGUGAUCUUUUAAGCACUGGUGAUCUUUAUAGAUAACAAGCCUUUGCUGUAUUUGAACAAAACUACAAGCCAAAUAAACAAAUGCAAAACAUUCCAUUACUUAUAGUUAGCCAAAAAAUACAAGUGUGUGUAAAGGCUCUCAACAGAAGAAGAUUUAGGUUGGAUAUCAGGGGAAGUUCUUUAUCAAGACAGUGGUGAGGUGCUGGAACAGGCUGCCCUGGGAGGUUGUGGAUGAAGAUACAUUUCAGUUAAAAAAUAAAUAAAUCUAGUUGUCCAAAUAAAAAUUUUGAGGCCAAGUAAGGAAUUAUUCAAAAUGUUUCGCAGGUCUAGUACAAGAGAAUUUGCUUUUCUGGGUUGCAUGGAUAGCUGUUGCAACAUCUGUGAUAGUAUACUGCUGGAAAUUGAGAUGUGAGGGUAACUGCUUAUGGAAGGGUUAAUCCACAUGAAUAAAAAUGUAUAUUGUAAUAGGAAAGGACUGCCAAACUAUUCACAAAAAGUUUAUAAUCUCAAUCAAAUUAUAAUCUUGUACUCCCUCGAGAUACAGGGAAGCUUUGUAAUGAAAAGAAGUUGUAACGAAAUAUGCCAGAAAUCAUUAGCUUAUAGCAUUCUAAAUGUACUUAGAAAUAGUUAAUUUUAACAUCUUGAAAAAUCAUGAGUGUGUAUCUAUACACAGCUACAGUUCUUAAAAAAUUUAUGUGGAUUCCAUAAAAUACAAAAUGCUAUAUAUGUAGAUUUUCUAAUGUACCUUGGAAAUACGAGAACCUAAACUAAAUUAAAGUGAUCACACUUGAAAUGACAGUUACAGCAGCCUUCAUGUUUUUUUGUAACCUUACUCAAUAGACUUGUUUUGUGCUUAUUGGUGAGCAAAAGCAGUAUUUUGUAUUUCCCUUUCUGCUUCCAGAAGCAGAUGAUUUAUAUUAUACUGUUGUCUGUAUCCCCUUUAGUUUGGUACUGUGUCUGACUGGGUCUAGCUGUUACUAAACUCAUUACUGUCACAAUGGCUGGCUGUUGUAACUUUUUCCUGUUUUGUUCAAGUAAGCAGUUGUUUAUUCUUUGCAGCAAAGGAGAUUUUUUGUUUGUUUCUGCAGAAAUUUAUUAAAUAUUAGAACAUUUGA